GCUGACCGCAGACGUUGACGACGUCGACGUAUUUUUAGCAAACAUCAAAAACUAUACAGUGAAUGCGGCAGUGCGUCCUUCGAUAAUAGUUCGAAUAAAUCGAGUUAGUCCGCAAAUGAGAUUAAACUGAUUAAAGAAUGGCCCGUUCGAUAAUAUUCCUGGAAACAAUUCGUACUUGAUCCUAACUACGACGUGGUUCUGUUGAUGGAGUGCCAAAAAUCUAGUUAGCCUGCGGAAUAAAUUAUUUCUGUGAAAUGGCUCUGGUUAUGCUGCCAAGCGACCUGCCUUGGUGGGAUGCAGUGAAGAAGCAACUGAAGAAAAUCGCAGAAACUCGGAACUCAUUCGAUCUGGUAGAGCGUAUGCAAAAAAUAUACGAGAUGUGCAAUGUAAGUUUAGAACCCGAUGAAGACCCUGUAGAUCCCCGACAGUUAGCUGGAUUCUUGAAUUUUUUAGAUAAUGACCUUACAAAUGAAGAAAGGAGUACUUUCUUCAGUAAAACGUUGCCAAAUAUUGCGUCUCGCGCACUCAAAAUCAAAGAACUGAAACCAAAAGGUGGCCUCCAUUUUAGCUUACAGCAACAAGCUGACUGUACUGAACUGGAAUACUCAUUUGUAUCAUCACUCAUAGCGAACGCGUUUUUUUCAACAUUUCCAAAGAGGACAGGAAAAACCCAUCCAACAUUGCAAAAUUUUAAUUUCGCCGAUUUUUUCAAAACUUUGAACAAUAAUACGCAGAAAUCGAAAUUGAAGAGUAUUUUGUACUAUUUCGAAUGGUUGGGUAGAUCAGACGACUCAAGUGGGACCAUGAGAAUACUCAGACAGGUGAUGAGUAGUAAAGAAUGGCUAACUAUAGAAGACUGGUUAGAAUGCAGCUUGCCUCUUUGUACACUGAAGAUCAAACAUGAUGGAAAACUGGAAAGAUCAGAGCAGGAUUGCCUACAGAUAUGCUUUUCUAGUGCCAAAAUUGGAGGAAACGUUCUAAGUAAUGGAUAUACACAGGAAUGUCUAAAUUUGGUGACAGCUCCCGAACUAUUGGCAGUUCUGCUGAACGUUGAAGCUUUGGAAGACAACGAAGUAUUGACAAUAGAGAGAGUGCGGCACUUUUCAAGGAUUUCAGAUCCCAAACAGAGAGCGUAUUUGGAAAGGCUGCAACCACCAAAAGACAUGACCGUCUGUUUUAUAGACGCAGAAGACUACACCAAAUUGCCGAUCGGACAAUACGAAGAAGACAAUAUUUUAAGGGAAUUGAACAAAUGCCUUCUAGGAUUCCAACAGAAACAAACAAAAUACCCCCAAAAAGAAAAUUGCCAUGGUACCUCCAAUAGACGCAGGCGAUUGUCUCCAAUAGGAGAAUCAACGGGAUCAAUCCAUUCAGACAAUUUGAAUCUUCCCCUGAUAACUCAGCAGUCUUGUAGUACCAAUCAAAGUGGCUCUUGCUCCCCUGUAUCGGAAAACAACAAUACUUUCAACCAAAGACUGCGUGUGCAACUGGACAGGGAAAAAAAUAUGCAAACCAGAGGAAAAGUCAGCAACGAAGCUUUGGUACAUAGCAGAAGAGGGAGAUUUAUAGUUCUUGGAUCCUCUGGUGAAUGCCUGCCGGUCACCAGGUUGCCUCUGGAAGACGAAGAGAGCCUUUAUUCCAGCUGCGGGUCAUCGGAAGGAGAGUUUGUUAGUGCCAAAACUAGUCUGGAUGAUGGUAGUGGAGAUGAAAAUUAUCACAAAAGAUACAGUAUCGACUUGGAGACUCCAGAAAGACGGAGUAUAUUUGCUCAGAGGUUGAAAGAUGCCUUACGGAAAGAAAUAUCAAGUAGCCUGCCCAGUUCCAGCGAGGGUUCCAGUUACGCUGUAGAUAUUUCUGUAACAGGCUCUGGAGUACACGAUCCUGACAUAAGGGUUCGCCGAUGUGGAUCAACAGGAUUCGCUCUUCAAGAAGACUCACUGGAUGAAUCGUUUCUAGAGAAUUCUUUACAGCAGGAGAAGCAGUGGAUAGAUAAAUUCAAAACGAAACAAACGACUUUGAAUAGGAAAGAAUCUAACAAAUCGUCGGAAUAUAGUUUCAGUACCGAAUAUAGUUCAGAGUUAGAAGAAGUAUACGAGCAAUUUUCUCGAUGGCUGGAUAAUCCUCUACUGGAAGAAACAGAAAAAGGUGUGAAGAGGGAACUGGAUGCCAGAGAAGUGGCUGUAGUUCGAUUUGCAGGAUCAAUUCUGAAACGUACCUUGAGUGAAUCUUUUGUUGGGAUACCUGUUCCUUUGACAGAAAGUUGUGAUCCAAACUCAGGGAACAACGAGGAAUUCUGCACACAACGAAACAAAUUAGUUUUGAACGCUAAAUCUUUGAGUCUAGAGUUGGCCCGUCAAAAGCAUCGGUUAGCAGCACAACUAAGUAGUGCAGCAGAUCCAAAAGCAAAGAAGAAAACUUCCCCCUCAUUAACAAAAGCUCUGGCUAGUGACGCUUUAACUCCAGAAAUUUUAACAAAAACAAAAAAUCCUAGAGCUUGGUUUCUGUCGUGUGUUAACGAGGCUAUAAUUCAGACAUUAGAAGACAUUUCUGUUAACGUGACUUUGCCCCCAAGCGAAAAGCUUUCCCAAAUCUCAGAAACACCUGGUAACGGUCUCAAAUCAGUCUCGACUGGCAACUGGGGCUGCGGUUCUUCCAGAAAAGGUGACGUCCAACUCAAAGUAAUUAUCCAGUGGCUGGCUGCCAGUGUAGCAGGGGUGCCAUCCUUGAUCUACUACACCUACGGUCAUCAACAACUGGCCAAACUAGACACGGUGUGCCGAAUCCUGAUCGACAGGAAGUGGACGGUAAAAGACUUGGCUCAAGCGGCUCUCAGGUAUUCGAAGAACGUGUUGCGCGGCAAAGAGUUGAGCGGAACCCUGUUCGAAGAACUGAUUGGCGUCGAUAGGACAGUGUAGGGGAUCAAAAAGUGUACACUUUCACAGCUGGAGAUAACUGUGACAGAGCUAUUUUUCGGGUUUGUUGUCCGUGGUCUGCAGGGUUUUAUGCCUGACGUUUCUUCUACGACUGCAGUAGAUAUUAUCAAAGGCAGUGAGGUAACAUACAUAGUACUUUAGUUGUCCUCAUACCACGUACUACAUUGUUCAAGGUUGCCAGGCCGUUUUUAUUGUAUUGCUAUCGGGCGUAGCUUUGUUUCUAUUGGUUAAAUUAAAUACCCGAUACGUGUGCCAUUUAUUGCAAGUAGUCAGAUUUUAUUUGAAAAUUAUUUCUCUGUUUUCGAAUUCUACCGUCUCCUUAUGUAGUCUUGGAUAGUAGUUCUAUCAAGCACUUUGGAUAAACGCAAAAACGUUGGUGCCUUAACGAAAACCUUCCGAAUCUAAGAUCAGUUAAGGAUCCCAGAGAGUCUUUAGCAACCUAAGAUCCCUUGUAGCUAAGGAAUGUUCUAUAUUGAAAAUAUGAAGAGAAAUCUAAGUAGCAGGCUCUCUGAACAUAAGAGAAACUGUCAGCUGACGUUUCACUUCAUGCAUUUCUAAGUAGGCACUAUCACACUAUCCAGCAUUUAAACAGGCAUUCAGUGACGCAAAUAAAAAAAAACAGUAUCAGUCUUCAGUCAUCACCUGGAAUAUAAAAAUGCACCUGUAAUUGUUCAGAAUGGAGGAACGUUAAAUCGGUCUGUUUAUGUUAACAGCUUCAAUCAAUAUUUUAAAUAAGUGACUGACCGUACUAGUAAUCUACCUGUAGAUAUGUUUUUCCGCAUACUCUCUGAAUGGAAUGCUUUAGAAAUCAUAAAUCGAUUGAAGAAUUCCAGAUCCUGUGGUGAUGACGAAAUAUCUGAUGUUCUUAUCAAACAAACUUCUUCAUGCAUUAUCAAACCUUUGAAGUUUUUUAGAAAUAUUUCUUCAGAACAUGGUAUUUUUCCUGACAGAUUAAAACAUCAAACGUCAUUCUCUUAUUCAAAUAAGGUAAUUCAACAAAUAUAUCCAAAUACAGAGCCAUAAUGUUAUGCACUAGUAUAUAUAAAGUGUUCGAAUCAGCUGUAAUGGAACUACUUUCAUUCUUGAAUAAAAAUGCAACAUUUUCAGUAAAUUAACAUAGUUUCACAAAAAGUAUCAGCUUUGGGUGGGUCCAAGGUGGUUCUUGGGCUAUUCUAAAGCUUUUGUCAGUGUUAACCAUCAAAUUCUGCUACAUGAAUUAUCGAGAUAUACUAUUAGAGGUAUAGUCAAUGAUUGGUUUGAUUCAUAUUCUUCCGAUCUGUCGUCACUAGUGGUGUAUCCUAAGGGUCCAUUUUAGGUCCUACUUUGUUCAUUGCUCUUAUCAAUGAUUUAAUUCACGCCAUUGGUAGAAACAAUGACUUCUAUAUAAUAGCUUUAUAUGCUGAUGAUAUCAUCAUCCUGUUCACACAUAAUAAUUAUGACAGCUGUGCUCUUCUCACUGAAUAAGUUUAUGCCAAAGUUAACCAUUAUGCAAUUCAGUCUGUCAAGACUCUCAGAAAUAACCAUUUCUUUAAAUAAAACAAUCCUUGAAUAUCAAGUACAAUAAAAAAUGAAUGGGUUGGUAUUUGAUUGUAACCUCAAAUAGGCCAAACAAAAUGAGUUUUUUGCACUAAACUGCUGGAACGAUGUAUGCUUUAAAAACUUUACUUCGGAGAAAUGGGUAUCUUGAAAUUAAUAUCAGUGUACAUUAGAAGAUUUCUUGUACUUUUUUGAAAAAAUAAAUCAGUUUUCAACCAGA